CACUUUUUCAACAGAUACUGAUCGAAUUCUACACACAUUCCACUGGCAAGCUAGCAUCGGUCGCCAGAGCGAGCCAUGUCGUCGUCCUAUUCCAAGGCCAGCAAUGGUGGCGAGCAGCAGCAGGAGCAACUGGUGUGCGUGACGGGAGCAGGCGGCUUCAUCGGGUCGUGGGUGGUCAAGGAGCUCCUCCUCCGCGGAUACCGCGUCAGGGGAACUGCAAGGGAUCCUGAGGACAGCAAGAACGCGCACUUGCUUGCUCUGGAGGGUGCCAGGGAGCGGCUCACCCUGUGCCGCGCCGAUGUCCUGGACUACGACUCCCUCCGCGCCGCGUUCACCGGCUGCCAUGGCGUCCUCCACGUCGCCUCCCCGAUGUCCAACGACCCGGAGCUCGUGCCGGUGGCCGUGGAGGGCACCAGGAACGUGAUCAACGCCGCCGCCGACGGGGGCGUUCGCCGGGCGGUCUUCACCUCGUCGUACGGCGCGGUGCACAUGGACCCCAACCGGAGCCCCGACACCGUCCUCGACGAGACCUGCUGGAGCGACUACGACUUCUGCGAGCAGACAAAUAACCUGUACUGCUGCGCCAAGAUGAUGGCCGAGGUGACGGCGACGGAGGAGGCGGCGCGGCGCGGGCUACCUCUGGCGGUGGUGGUGCCGUGCAUCACCACGGGCCCGAUGCUGCAGCAGGCGCUCAACUUCAGCAGCAACCUUGCCGCCCGCUACCUGAUGGGCACCAAGAGGUCCUACACCAACGCCGUCGCCGCCUACGUCGACGUCCGCGACGUCGCGCGCGCGCACGUCCUCGCCUACGAGCGCCCCGAAGCCCGCGGCCGAUACCUCUGCAUCGCCGCCGUGCUCCACCGCGCCCAGCUCAUCGCCAUGCUCAGGGAGCUCUUCCCGCAGUACCCCGUCACCGCCAAGUGUGAAGACGACGGCAAGCCGAUGGCGAAGCCGUACAAGUUUUCGAACCAGAGGGCCAGGGAGUUGGGCUUGGAGUUCACUCCGCUGAAGAAAAGCUUGUACGAGGCAGUGGUGUGCAUGCAGCAGAAGGGGCACCUGCCUGUCAUCACACAGCAGCAGCGUUCGUACUUGUGAAAUCAAGGAACAUGCGCUGGGCUUCCCACUUAUGUAAAAUAAAACAGCGCAAACAAACACACAAGGGAAGGAAUGAGAGGUCAUAUAAUGACUUUGUAAAUGUAGUAUUAUAAGCAUCUGUUUUCAUACCAUGUUACAUGUAAAACUGUUAACGUGUGCUUUAUUGCAUACUACGAGUCAAUA